AUGGGUAAAUGGAAACGCAUUGGCAUGUUUGGUGAGGAGUUCGAUACUGGGUCCAACAACAGCGGCUCAUUAUCUUCGGAUGACGAACUCAUCCUCCCCAAUAUGAUUAUAUGGCAGAUAUCACUCCGACUCGUUUUCCUCCGACUCCGGAGACAUGGGAAGCCUCAUCUAUUAGCAUUCCGACCAUAUGUUACUGUGGAAAACCAGCUAUUCUUAAGACUCAAACAAUUGGGAUGGAGAUUGCCAUAUUUAGAAGGAGUUGGCUUUUGCAAUCUUGGAGGAGAUUACUUUAACCAAAACCAAAUUGGGAGAAAUAGAAGAUCACCUUUUGCAAGAGCAGAAGAAAGUCGUUACCUAAGAGAGAUGGCUUGCAGACUUCAUGCAAAGGUAGAGGAUUUGAUGAUGGAGUUGGAGAGUUGA